AUGGAAUUGACAGAAGAGAAUGCUCAAGCGGGAGAUAAAGCAUAUCUAGAUUUAGUAUUGUUACAAACAUUAGGAUCGGAUCGUGAUAGUUUAAUUUGGUGUUCGAUAUGGGGUAUAGUAAUACAAGGGUACUUAUUGGGAUUCACAAUAUCGAGAUUGUGGAGGUUUGUUUGUCGUAGAAAGAAGUAUGAGAAGGUGAUUUGGGGAGGUGUGUUGGGUGGUUUGAUGUUGAUAAUAAUACAAUUGGGCAUGACGAUAGAUCAGACUUAUAGAAUUAUAUUCACAUCUUAUUAUACGGAUAUAUCGAAAGAUGAUGCUAGGAGGAAUAUAGUCACUAUCGUGUGUAGUGGGACUAUGGGUGGUUUAAGUGUGGGAUUUGGAAUGUGGAUGUUAUGGAAGAUGAUACCUCGGACAUUACUCAUAAUACCAUUUGUCAUUCCCACUACCAUAUCCAUAGGUCUGACCGUAGGCAUAUCGGUGAUAUUGUACCGAAUGCCCAAAGCCAGCGUAUCAAAAUUGUUUUUAGUGCAAGAAUGGUUAAGGAAAUUUGGGAUCUUAUUGAGAGUUUGGUUAGGGGUAGAAUUGGUUUUACAUGUUGGGAUCUGGUCGAUUAUGGUUUGGCAGAUUAGGUCGAAGAAGGAAUUUGAGAAAGGUGAAAAACUCAGGAUAGUUUGUCAAGCUUUGUGUUUACCGACUCUGGUAAUCAUCGUACUUUUGAUCUACAGCUUGGUGGAAUUACCUUCAUUAGUUAAUGCCUCUCGACCCAUAAUCCAAUCCCUCUCUCACCUCUUCUUCCUCACUUUCAUGUACUUACUCGACCUAUCCCAUUUCACACCUUCGUCGUCAGAAGGUGAAAUCGCCUUACCGGAAUCUUCCUCUGUGUAUUAUAAAUCACCGCCUAUUUCCAAGAGAGGUCUUCUACCAGAUUCGUACAGCGGUUAUACCACUACCACUUCGACUUCGAGUGGAUCGGGAAGCGGGUCGGGGGGACAUAGGGGUCCGAAGAGCCCGAAGAGCAAGGUUGGGAUUGGGAGUGUUAGAGUAUCGAUUGAUCAGCUUGUUACCGAGUCGAAAUCCAUAUCUUCACCACCAUCCGCAUAUAAAUUCAAAGACAAACAACCCCAUACGCAUCAAAGAUAUCCAUCUUUAUCUCCUGUACAAUCACCUAUACCUACGCCUAGAUAUUCCAACUCGGGUUAUUCGGAUGUACCGUUAUCCAUCAUAGCUCCAUUUAGCGAAUGGUUAGAAUACAACUCUCCACAUCACCACACCCAAGCCCACGAUGGAGAUGAAGAAGGGAUACAUGGUGCAGAUGCGGAUAAUAUGAGUUACAAAUCUGCCGUACCAUCUGGUAAAACUUUGUUAAGGACUAAAUCGGAGAGAUCAAAGAAAGAUAGAGGGAUUGUACUGGAUCAUACAGGCUGGGAAGUACCUUUACCCCAAGCGCAAGCGCAACUUCUCUCACAGAGGACGUCUCACUCGCAACGUGUAUCGCAGGGCCCCCAUGAUGUGAAUAAGAAUUAA